AUGUUCUCCAACAAACCAAAGAAGAAUGUUCAUGUUCAUUACUCGUCGACUACCAAGGGAGGAAAAUCCUCAUCCAGCCAUCAUGCUCCAAGAGAGAGUCGAGAUUCCGGAAUUGGAUCAUCUAGUGCUUCCGAUCGAGCCUCAAUUGGUACGUCGCCUUACGAGUCACCUUUCAACUCUCAGGAAAUCCAAAAUCAACGUCAAAACCCUAACGCUUUGAAUGAAGCUCUCAAUGCUGCGAAUGAGCGGAAUGGUCGUUUCGAAGACAAUAUCAUCGGCCUGAAAGACGAAUUGAAAGAUAGUAAUCGGGAAAAUCGCCUACUUAAAAAGGAAAAGUCCGAUGCGCUAGAAGAAAGCCAAUCACUUCUGAAAGAAAAUCAAUCACUUCUGAAAGAAAACAAAUUGCUACAGGAAAAAAUCAAAUCUUUGCGUGAGGAACUCAGUUUAGAGCGAAGAGACAAUGAUAAAUUGUUAAGGGAGAAAGAAGUACACUCACGAUCGAGCUCCACGACCUCCAAUGCCUCAUUGCAUUCGGCCCCAAGAGAUUCAAAGGACAAGAUUUCGAGACGAUUCAGUAUAAGCCAAGGCACUCGACCACCUCAAGCUCCUCAAGCUCCACAGAACAGUGCUUCUUCACAUAAGCCUCCCAAUCCAUUCACGCCCCUCACCGAAAGACUAGGAUACGGAGUACCAACGCCAGCUUCGUAUGCAUCACCCACACCUUCAACUGCAUCCUAUGCACCCUCUGCCGUCUCAUAUGCAACAUCCAAUAUAUCAUAUUCAACUGUACCAGCUUAUUCUCACCACACGGCGCCAGCUAUAAGACCAAGUUCGAAGCGAUCGUCCAAAUCAUAUCAACCACCGCCUAUCGAAGAUGGAGACUACCAUGCUCAUCCAUUAUAA